UCCAGUCCAACUGAGUUCACUUUCCCUCCUGCAAUAGACCCGCCUGGACGCACCACUCACACACGCCGACUCUCAAAAGCUCUGGUAACCAUUUGAGCUCAUAUCUGAUACAGUAUUCAGGUUUAUCACUUUCGGCAAGUAUAUACGCGUGAAAAUAACAGCUGAUCGACGUCCAACAAGGCGAUGAAUCGAGCAAUCUUUCUGCCGCUACUUCUGUUAGCGUUGGCCGAUUGCAGUGUUUCUCUGGGAAACGAUAAUGUGUGUCCUCGGAAGGUGGCCGCCCCCUGUCACCAACUGACGGGGAACACUCCAGUGGGCUGCUACGACAUUACAUACACAGAACCGAAUAUGACUGUACUUGGUGCGGGACGAGGCAACCCUGAGAGAGGAUUCUACACCUAUACAGAGACCAGCACCUCGAACUGGAACACUCUCAACGUUGAAGAUCUCCAGUCGUUUGUCCAGCAAGGCUACACGCUUAUAUUUAGAUAUGUGAUACUGGACACCUUCGUUAACAGCAAUAUUUCCGACGACAUCCUGCUGAAGAUCGGAGAGGAUUUUGACACCUUGAGGGAGGCUGGGAUGAAGGUGGUGUUGAGGCUCUGUUACUCCAUCAGCGAGUCUAUUAAAAGUGAUGCCAAGCUUAACCAGUUGCUCUCUCAUCUGAACCAGCUGACACCCAUCCUGGACGAACAUGCUGGGGUGAUAGCAGUGGUGCAGGCUGGUUUUAUCGGGGUGUGGGGGGAGUGGUACUACACCGAAAACUACGGUGACGAAGGAGUCAUCUCUCAAGCCAACUGGAUGGAUCGUGGCACUGUGCUCUCCCAGCUAAUGAACGCUAUCCCGGCCUCCAGGCACAUCCAGUUACGGACGCCUAAGUACAAGAAAGUGCUCCUGAACAGAACCUCCCCCAUCACCAAGAACGAAGCCUACCACGACACAAUGGUAGCGAGGUUGGGAAUCCACAACGACUGCUUCCUGGCGUCGGACACUGACUACGGCACCUACGAGAACAUAGCGGUAGACUAUCCCUUCCUACAGGAGGAGACCAAAUACCUUCCUAUGGGUGGCGAGACUUGCAACUACAACCCCCCCAGGUCAGACUGUCCCACGGCCUUGAAGGAGUUGAGAGAGCUGCACUUCACCUACCUCAACAACGGGUACCAUGAAGGUGUUCUCAACAGCUGGAAGACACAGAGCUGCUACAACGAGGUCUGGUCAAGCCUUGGCUACCGUUUCGUGGCCAAGUGGGCGAGGUUCCCCCGACGGGUGUCACGAGGAGGGAAGGUGAACGUUGGCAUGCAGAUCAUUAACUUGGGAUGGGCAGCCCCAAUCAACUACAGGACAGCUGAGCUGGUGCUCCAUCACCCGACCUCUGGAGCCACCUACUACACGUGUGGUUCAACUGGUGUGGACCUGAGGACUUGGCUGCCCGGCACCCAUUCCCUCCAACUCUCCAUGACUGUGCCUAAGAAAGCUCCUCGAGGCCGGUACCAGGUGUUGCUCAGACUGCCUGACGGAGACUCUCGGCUGAAGGAUCUGGACGUGUACAACAUUGUCAUAGAGAACUUGGUUGACUCUAAUAAUGCUGCCCGUCGCCUCAACUUGAUUGGUUACACUGAGGUUGAGAAUUAAAGACAGUUUUAUGACCUGGCUGGGUGUGUUCAUCAGUUCACCCGUUUGCUCGUGUGUCCAUCCGUCAACAAUUUGGUUUCCAGAAUACAAUGUGAGAGUACCGGUAAACACACUUUCCCGAAGAAGAGGAAAGUCGCCAAUGAUACUAGGCUCCAGAUAUCUGGCUUCCGAGCUAUAACAUGAGCAAAAGUUAACAUAAUAUGGUUAAGGUUCUUCGUCCUUAAGACAAUUGUUGCAGAGACUCAAAUUUGGUGUCUGAACUGUAACACGAGUUUCUAUGAACCGAUGAACGUAAGUCCCUCACCCCUAACAAGAGCUUCCCUUUUAAACUGUAGUCACUGAGUCAAACAUAAACAUCAUCGUUGUUAUUACUACACUUUUGGUUCCAAACUAAAAUGAAUGGCUAUGUUACCAACCAUGGUCCCUUGCUCCAUCACUUGUAUGCACUGGUACACAAGACUGGACGCAUUAUGUGCAGUUAUUAGGUAUUGUUUUACAGAAACCUUCACUCCGUUUUACCACUUCACUGUGACUAUUUAACCUCAAGAAGCAAUAUUGGUAUAAUCUUAAAAGCUUAUAACCUAUAAUUAAAUGAUCCGGUAAAUAAUGUAAUCAAUGUGAGGAGAAAUGCCAUAAUGUUUGGAAACUAUGAGCAGUUAGUUGGAAUUCUGAUCACAUAAAGAAGAUAAAGUAAUUACUGUAUAGUAAUGUCACACAAAAUGUCUGUUACUGAGCAUCUAGGGCUUUUGAGUGUAUUACUUUAGCUGUACUUUUUGUACAAGGUGACCUUACAGUAGGCUGAUUACAUUCCCAUGCUUAAUUAAUCGAGUUUUUAGUAGUUUUUAGAUCCGCACUCAUACCUACGGCACCACCUAAAUAAAUGAUUUGAAGUUCACUAUACUGUAAUAGAAUUUAAAUAGUUUGUACUGUUCAAUUGAUUUUAGCAAUAUAUAAAGCUCAUAUAAAAAUUUAA